CCAGGCGCCAAGUCACAUAGGCAGGAUGGAGUCAGCAGCAGUGACUUGUGGGCGACCUUCCAGUGCCAAGUGCUAGAAAAGAAGCUGUGUUGGCCCGAAGGACCCGAGCAAAUUUCUUAGUGCGCUGAAUUGGCCGCUGACUGGAUUUUGCAUCGUUUGCAUCGUCAUUCUAUACUAGAUGAUAAUUAUAACACAAGUUCCUGCUUCGGCCUCCCUAUGAGCAAGACGUGCAAACAAAGGGCCAAAGGCCGACCACUAGACUCCUAGGAGACGGGAACUCGGGAACAUCCUGUGUCAUUACUGAGGCUGAUAACGACGUUGUCCGCGCAUCCAAGCCACUCCUGGCGCAGGAGUGCCCCCGCCACCCAUAGCAAAGGGAGCACAGCUGCCAGAAAUUUCGUUACUGGGUUAAAAUGCUCGCUCGCCUUGCACGCCUUGUUCUGAGAUGUGUGCGCAUAGAAGGGAGUUUAUAGAUUGUUAACUUUUUGGUGUUACGAAGCACCCGCUCGUCGCUACCAUGACCAUCGCCACCAUGACCGCCGCAGCAAGAGCGGCAGGCCUCACAACAACGGGCUACUGUCACACAAUCAACAACCGUGGCCACACCGGCUACCGCAAAUGGGGUUCGUCAUCUUCCGCUGCACCUACGACAACGACGCCCUGUGGGACGCCUUUAUAGCCGUCGUCAAAGCCAGCGCGGCUUUUUGCCUGCGGAUGAGAAAGCAGCAGGACAUUUUGGGCCCGGACCUCGAAUGUACCGUAGUUGAGGACCGCGAGGCCUUCAACGGCGCUUCUAAAAACGCGGUGCGCGAGCGCUUUCGCGCCUGGGUUGCAGCCCGUUCGGUCGAGCGCGACGGCGAGGGAAUUUACAACCCAGAUGUCGAAGAGCUGCCGCGCUUCCGGUACUGCGUUUACGUUGACCGUGCUUGCCUCAAAGCCGUACGCGUAUCGUGGUCCGAAAUCCGGUUUAAUUACUUCCUUUGCGGCCAAAUCGUCGUUAUUAACGCCGCGCCCGGGGACCCGCCUAUACCGCCCGAUUCGGACGAGGAGGAUGAGGAUGAGAAUGACGAUUGUGACGACGUUUACGAAGAGGUGGAGGGCUCGACGGCUAAGGACGUCGGCUGGACGUACGCUAGUGCUAGCCUGCUCGUUGAGACCUACGAGGAGCUGCACCUCAGGGGUAGCGAGUGGGAGACGUGGGAGAUGAUUUAUAAGCGGCCGUCGCCUGACGGGCCCGCGGUGCAGGAGGGCGAGCACCUUUUGGAUGUCGGUCUAACGCGAGAAGCGUAAACGGGUUGCAUCGGAUGGAGGAAGAGGCUGGGAGAAAAGGUCCGUGUUGUGGGCUGGUAUCUGACCAGGGAACCCCCCAUCACAUUAGAAAUUAUAACAUGGGGCAUGUGGCCUAUCCUAACCAUUGAGCGACCCCCUCGUUAUCCCCUUUUCCCUUUUUCAAUAUUUUUGAUUACCUUCCCGCCAGCUAUCAUUUAAAGCGUUUUAACCAGCUUAAUUACGAUGCCGUCCGCUUUCGCCUUAUUAUUUUUGAAUUUUUGGGAGCUGUAAG